AUGUCGUCGUUGAAAGCGCAGGAGGAAGUUACCUCGAGGAACGCCAGUCUUAGCAGCGACGGGGAUGCAGAGUUCGGAGGACCAGAAGCAAGAAAGGCAUUGGAGAAGCGGCUUUUACUGAAGUUGGACUUGCGCAUGUCGAUCCUAGGUCAAGCCGCAACACUCAUUGCGAUUAUAUGCAGAGCCGCACGAUUACGAGGCUUCGAAAGGGACCUCGGGCUGCAUGGCACAGAGUUCGCUACUAUCUUGUCUAUUCUCUAUGUCGGCUAUAUCAUCAUGCAGGUGCCGUCGAACAUGUUCUUAAACUAUAUCGGAAAACCUUCUAUCUACUUGCCUAUUUGUAUGACGAUAUGGGGUGUAAUUUCUAUCCUGACCGGUAUCACACAUAAAUGGCUAUUCUUCAUUGAAGGCGCUAUGACUGUCUUCGUUGCCUUAUGUGCCCUCUUUAUUCUGCCCGAUUUCCCCGAGACGUCUUCAAACUGGCUCUCACCCCAGGAGAUCGCUCUUGCCAAAAAGCGAAUGACCGAGGAUACUGGAAUGGAAGAUCAAGAGGAUCUCCAUCUUCUAGAUAGUAAAGACGGCGAUAAGGACUUCCUCGGCUUCUUGUCCAAAGAGUCGGGGUUGUAUCUAGCCUUCACCGAUUGGAAAGUAUGGUGGAUGGCACUCGCGUUGACCAGCAUGGUGGUCUCGUUGUCCUUCAACGCGUUCUUCCCUACGCUUAGUGCAACAAUGGGCUUCGACCGCACACGCACUCUUCUGUUAUGCGCUCCCCCCUGGAUAUUUGCCACAAUAGUCGCGUUGUUCAACUCAAGGCACUCCGAUCUCACUGGCGAGCGUUGCUGGCAUAUCGUCGUUCCUCUCAUCGUCGGGUUAAUAGGCUUUGUUAUUGCUAUGUCGACAAUGAAUAUUGCCGCACGAUACGUUUCCUUGUUUUUAAUGGCCCAAUCUUACGCUGGCUUCAUCUGCUUCCUUGCUUGGAUCAGUAACACCUUCGCUCGCCCACCAUCCAAACGAGCUGUUGCUCUAGCGCUUAUCAAUGCCUUUUCGCAACUAGGUAACGUUGCUGGGUCAUAUGUGUGGCCUUCCGGAUGGGGCCCGACUUACCGCUUUUCAUACGCUAUCUGCAUUUCCACAAAUGGCUUGGCCAUCGUAAUGUGCUUCAUCUUCAGGCAACACCUUACAUUCUUGAAUAAACGGACAGCAGAGAAGGAAGAGGAGACAGGAAGGCGCCAGUUCAAACUGAUGGUGACGAAGGAAAUUUCUUCUGGCUGGUCUUUCACUCAGAUCGGCGGCGGAGAGGGAACAAAAGACGGAGAAUGGGUUCCUGUGUCUUCAUUUCCGACGACUGUGCAUGUAGAGCUUCUAAAGCUAGGACGGAUCCCUGACCCGUUUGUUGGGUUGCAUGAGUGGGAUGUUCAAUGGGUCGGCGAGAGUCAAUGGGCUUUCAAAACUACCUUUGAUGUCUCAGAGUCAGAUUUGAGUCCAAGUUAUGUGGACCUCGUGUUUGACGGAUUGGACACGUUCGCGACUGUUCACCUCAAUGGCGAGAAAUUACUGGAGACAAGCAACCAAUUUGUUGCUUACAGAAGCACAGCUAAGAAGUUGCUCAAAGUCGGGACAAACGAACUGCUACUCGAAUUCGCGAAUGCACUCAAGAAGGGGAGGGAAAUCGAGAAGGAACGUGGAAAACUAAAUCUCUGGAACGGAGAUUCGAGCCGUCUUUACGUUCGCAAGGCUCAGUACAAUUAUGGUUGGGAUUGGGGCCCAAUUUUGAUGACUGUUGGGCCAUGGAAAGCCAUCCGCCUUCAUACCUACGACGUGUCGGUUCAAGACGUUGACAUCAGAUCAGUUGUCUCGCCCGAGCUUGAUGUCAACCUCACGGUGACGGUCAAUGUGCUGUCAGACCCCUCCUUACAGUUAUCAAGUUAUAGCAUGAAGGCUACACUCAAGAAUCCAGACGGCACCGUCCGACUUGAACGAGCGAAUGUUCGCUUUUCUGACUCUGCCUCCGCCCAAAGUGAAUUCCAUCUCAGCUCAUCGGAAUCGCUUGAGCUCUGGUAUCCGGUCGGGUACGGAAAGCAACCAAUUUAUUCAGUCGAAGUCGAAGUAUCUGACCUGCAAGGCAAUGUGAUCUACUCGGAGAGCAAGAAGACUUCGUUCCGCAGGGCUAGCGUAGUUCAGCAUAAGUUGAUUGACCAAGACGGACUUAGCUUCCACUUUGAAAUCAACAAUAUCCCCAUCUUUUGUGGUGGUUCGAACUGGAUCCCCGCUGAUUCCUUCCUCACCACUAUGACCGAACAACGGUACCGCGCAUGGCUUCAAUUGAUGGUGGACGGUAAUCAGAAUAUGGUCCGUGUCUGGGGCGGAGGUAUUUAUGAGGCAGACGAUUUUUACAAUAUUUGUGACGUCAUGGUUUGGCAAGAUUUCAUGUUUGGCUGCGGCCAAUAUCCUGCCCACGAUUCCUUCGUUGAGUCCGUCCGCGAAGAGGCUGAACAAAAUGUCAAACGCCUGCGCCACCACCCUUCAGUAGUCAUUUUCGAUUACCAGAUUGCUGAGGCCCUGAAGCUCGAGCUUGACUACUCAGACGAAACCUCGGAUUAUAGGAAAACAAAUUUCCCCGCGCGAUACAUCUACGAGCGAGUUCUCCCAGAGGUGGUUGGGAAGUACAGCAACAUUUACUAUCACCGCGCCUCGCCUUACAGUGGUCAGGGCAAGCCAACCACCGAUAGGACUUUGGGAGACAUCCACCAGUGGAACGUGUGGCAUGGAUCCCAAGAACCGUGGCAUAAUUGGGAUAUUCUUUCUGGCCGCUUUGUGUCCGAAUUUGGGAUGCAAGGAUAUCCGAACAUUCGAACGGUCGAUCAUUGGAUAGGAGAGGACAAGUCGGAGCGUUUCCCUCAGUCAAGAACGAACUGCAAUCAUAACAAAGCAGAUGGAUUCGAACGCCGACUAGAGCUAUAUCUGAUGGAGAACUUCAAACAUGCCUUCGAUAUGGAGAGCUAUGUGUACUACACCCAGAUCAUGCAGGCGGAGACCCUUGCCUCUGCUUACCGGCUUUGGAGGCGAAACUGGCAAGGCCCUGGACGGGAGUAUACCUCCGGUGCCCUUAUCAACGAUUGCUGGCCAGUAACCUCCUGGGCCAUCGUUGACUACUUCCUAAGGCCUAAGCCCGCCUAUUUCGCUAUUGCUCGCGAACUCCGCCCUUACACCGUGGGUCUCACCCGCAAGGACCAUACAACAUACCCACACGAUACGUCGGCCGCUAUAUUCACCAUCUCGACCAUCAUCGAGAUCUGGGGCACGAAUAGUACGCUCGAAGAGAAAAAAGCCACCCUCGAAGUGACUUCCUUCGAUCUUCGUUCCGAUUGGAGAGACAAGUGGUCGGAGGAGGUCACUCUGGGUGCCAACGCAAGCACUGAACUGCACAAAGGCGAACUGCCUGGGCAGCCGAGGCGAACGAAGUUGAGCGAAGUCCCGAAGACGAUCGUCGUAUCGGCUAGGUUGCUCGACGUCGAUGGCUCUAUUCUUGCUAGAUACUCUAACUGGCCCGAACCGUUCAAAUAUAUCAACUUCCCCUCCGUCGAAGAAGUAGGGCUCAAGGUCGUUGCUUCUGCGGAUGGUGAAUUUGUGGAGUUGUCGGUGUCGCGGCCUGUGAAAGGAAUCAUCCUUGACGUAGAGGGUGAAGAUGUGCAGUGGGCUGAUCAGGCAAUUGAUCUCGUGCCCGACGACCCGCAGAUAAUCGGCGCCAAGGGGCUAUGCGGCAGGAAUAUCAAGGUUCGGUACCUAGGGGACGGGACAGCGUGA